GGGGGGGGAGUCCCAGCGGCCUCUUGCCUCGCUUUGCCUUGCACCCCCCCCCCCCACUCCUCAUCGUUCAGAGGGGUUGAGAGGAGGUUCAGGGGGAGCCCCCUGCAAUGGACGAGCUGCGGCACGGCCAGGCGGCGCGGGACUUCAUGGACGGCGCUCUCGUGUCGUGGGUAAAGACACUGUGCACUCCAGAGGAAAGAGGAGGGGACGGGGAUAUCAGAUACAAUGACCUUGCUGACGGUGCCCUUUUGCUGGACAUCAUGCGGAAAAUCGAGCCCAGGAAGGUAGAGAGCAAGAGGCAACGAGUCGAGGGCAGCGGGCACAGCUGGAGCGAGAGGCUCGUGAUUCUAUCCUCCGUGCUGCAACACAUCUGUGCAUGUUACCAGGAAAGCCUGCACCAGGUGAUCGUCAUGCCGCUUCCGGACGUUCUGGCGUUGGCUCGAGACCCUCACUCAGAGCGCAGCGUGCAAGAAUUGAGGAGGGUGCUUCUGCUCAUGCUGGGGUGUGCCGUGCAGUGCGAGAACAAGGAGGCAUUCAUUGAAAAAAUAACUCAGCUGGACCUGGAGACCCAGGCGGCAAUCGUUAACCAUAUCAAGGAGGUCACUCACAACCCUGAGAAUGUCCUUGAUCUGCACUGGGCAGAUUCCAAUGCUGCAGAAAGCCCCGAUCUGCCGAAUCACAGCAGCCUGGCCAAUCGCUUGCGGGACGUCGUGGAGGAGCGAGACUCGUUUUCCCAGACGGUUGUGGAUCUGACGCUGGAGUUGGAGCGUCUCCGUGCCGCGCCAGAGCCUCCCGCGGCGUUGGUUGGCAACGGGGUGGCUGCGGAUCCGCCGGGCUCCGUCGCGAACCACUGGGACAAGCUCGACAGCCCCGCCGACAAGGCCGCCGCGAGUCCCGCGGAGAGCAACGUCAAGCUGAGGCGGGCGCAGCAGGAGUUGGAUGAGAAGAAAGAGGAGCUCACCGACGUGAAGCAAGAUGUGCAGCGGCUGCACUCCGAGGUUCAGCGACUCCGCCACGAGAACUCUCAGCUCGUGUCGGAGGCGUGCUCGGCGCGUGCGUACCGCGAUGAGUUGGAUGCGGCGCACGAGCGUGCCGAGCGAGCCGAGCGGCUGUACGGGGAGGUGGCGCGACUCCGGGAACGGCUACGCGACGCCGACUUCUACAAGAGCCGGGUCGAGGAACUGCGGGAGGACAACGCUCUUCUGCUGGAGGCCAAGGCACUGCUGGAGGAGAAGGUGGAGGCGGGGAAGGCGCUUGCGGUUCGCCAGCACGAGUUGGAGCGUGACAACGCAGCUCUAAGCGCGCGUCUGCUCCACAUGGAGACGGAGCGCGAGGAGAAGCAGCACCGGCUGGAGGAGCUGACGCAGGACCACCUGGCGCUCGAGUCGGCCCAGCGCCGGAGUCUCGACGAGACUGCGCACCUCGGGGCCGAGCUGGAACGGCUGACUCACGCCAGCGGCCUCACCUCCACGCCGAGCUCGCUGAGCGUGGAGGUGAACGAGUCGGCCUCGCGGCAGCUGCUGCGCGUGGAGCGUGAGAACCUGGCCCUGCACCGCUCCGUGCAGGAGCUGAGCGCCCAACUGCAGAAGGCUCAGGAAGAAGCGCAGAGGCAGCGGUUGGUGCCGACGCUUCACGGCGCUGGAGAGGAGGCGGCCGGCGUGGCGGGGUGGCACAACGGCUACGAUGGCGGCGGCGACGGCGGCGGCGGCGACGGCAUGGCCGCCCGCAGAGCUGCCCCCUCCUUCUCCAUCCUGGACGAGAAGUUGGAGGAGCUGGAGCGCGAGAACGAGCGGCUCGCCGCCGAGAACGCACGGCUGAGCCGCGGGCAGGGCUGCGCGCAGAAGCUGGAGUUUACGACAGAGAUCCGCAGAGCACAGCAGCAGCAGCAGCAGGAGGCUGCACAGCUGGUGAGGAGCCAACAUGAGCAGCAGCAGCAGCUGAAGCUGAGGCUGCAGGAGGCGGAGACCUUCAGCGAGCGCUUGCGGCAAGAGAACGAGAAGCUGCGGUGCAGCUUCGGCCUCCUUCAGGCGAGGGAAGACCGAGCGAAGGUGGACCUGCGGCGGCUCGACGAUGUGGAGAGCGAGAAUGCGAGGCUCCUGCAGCGAGCGCUGUCCGACAAGCUGUCCCUGGCCAUGCUGCAGGAGGAGCUGUCGCAGGAGCGGCUGAGGGCCGGCCGCGUGAGGGAGGAGCUGGGCGAGCUGCGGGAGGAGAUGGAGAACUCCACGACGAUGGUCGGCUUCCUGGAGCCCAGUCGCGUCGACGGCCGCCUGGGCAGCUCUCUCCACCACUCGCCAGGCGGCGGCGGCGGCGGCGGCAGCCACCCCACCUCGCACGAGACCUGCAGGAAGGCUCUGGAAGGCAAGGCGGAGCAGAUUUCCAUCCUAGAGACGCAGCUCGAGGAGUCGAUGGUUCUCAACACCCUCCUGCAGGAGGAGCUGCAGAACGUGAUGAGAAAUCGCGACGAAUCGAUCCAGCAGCCGGUGGGCAGUUCUUUCACCACGCCGGAGAGGUCAAGUGGUGACCUCCUGGCCGAGGUCGCGACCCUACGCGAGCGGACGGUCACCCUGGAGGCCGAGAACGCGAAGCUGCAGGAGGAGAGCGGCCCCGCGCUGACGCGCGCGGCCACGCUGACGGCGGCGCUGCAGCGCUCGCGCCAGCGCUCGACGCAGCUGGAGCUGCGCGCCGAGCGCUCCGAGCUGGCGCUGGCAGAGGCGCGGCGCGACGCGGAGGAGGCGCGGCGCGACGCGGAGGAGGCGCGGCGCGACGCGGAGGAGGCGCGGCGCUCGCGCGACGCCGCCGAGGCGGAGGCGCGGGCGCUCGCGGGGCUGGAGGCGCGCGUGGAGGAGGAGUUCCGCGAGGCGCUCGCCGCGCGGCAGCGGCUGCAGGCGGCGUACCUCCGGCUCGAGGAGCACAGCCGCGGGCUGGAGCAGAGCUUGGCGGAGGUUUCCGCUUGGGACCGCAAGGUAGACGCCCAGACGCCCGAUCACCAUCGCAGCAAGGGUCGAGACGACGCGUCCUACCUCGAUGGCAGCUCGAUCCUCAAUGACAACAACCUCACCAGUGUGGACGGGCGUUUGGGCUGCGAGACGGCCGUCAUGGACCAGUACACGUUCGUUGAGUCGGGCAGGAGGAAAGGGGUUGGAGCCGGCGGGUGGCUCACGAGCACGGUCAAAAAACUCAUCAAACCCAAGAGGGAGGCGGAGAGGGAGAGAGAGAAGGAGAGGUCGGGCGACCACGGUGCAGAGGGGACCACCACCAGGGACGCGGACGGAAUGCGACAUGGAACCGCGUCGAACUCCUCCAGCCCAGGUUCCGGUGUCAUGGUAACGAAGGCCAAUAAUUCUGGCAGCAUUCAGAAACAGGAGAACAGGAGCUACAUCGGAGGAUCGUUCACUCGCAAAGACGACGCGCAGGCGAGCGGCAAGUGGAGCGUGAGCGGGGACGAGCGGGGGGCUCCGAGGAAGGGGGGGGGUGGUGGUGGUCCGCCGCCCCCCCCCAACCCCACCGCCGAUGCGGAGCGUCCCGCAGACCGCAGCUCGGAUCAGGGUCACCCCGUGAAGCGGAGCGCCUCCCUCUACAUCCCCCGGCAAAGAUUCGCGUCGCGUGGACAACCGCUGACCGGCAGUUUCCGCCAACCCACCCAGCACAGGAGCGGCACCGCGACAACAUCAACGCCAACGGACGACCAACUUCACCAUCCAGCCCAUCCCUCCGACGUCCCCGACACAGAAGUUGCCGGCGGCUCUCCCAGCAACCACGGCUCGCUGCUGAGGCCCGACGACUCCGCGGCCAGCGCCCACCGUAACGUUUUGCCGCACGCCGGCACCACCAGCAGCCUGGGCCGGCCCCCGUCGGGCCCGCGUGGAAAGCCUCAGCCGAGGACUGCAGCAGCCGCGGUAGCGUCGGCGGCGGGAGCGAGCGCGCGCUGGUCCGUGUCGGGCGACGGUAGCGGCUGGAACAGGGCGACGCAGACGCUGGACCGUCCCCGUAGCCCCAACGCGGCUCACAGGCACCGCCUGUCACUGUCUCUGGCGGCGGUGCCCCCGCCGCCGCCGCCGCAGCAGCAGUCCAGGACCGGCUCCAACUCGUCGGCCUUCUUCUACGCUCCGCCGGCCGUGGCGGCGCCGGAGGCGAAGCCUUCGGAGGCGCCGGACAGCGACCGCGGGAAGACGCGCGCGGACUCGCCGACGCCCCCCCCCAGAGGCGGCGGUAAAUGCGACAAAAGGCAAGAAGGGAACCUGAGCGCAGAGGCGGCGGGGAACGGCGACGUUUCCCGCGCGGACGACAAAGCCGAUUCGCCGCUGUCAUCGUCGGCCGAACAGACGGUGUGGUACGAGUACGGGUGCGCGUGACGGACGCCGCGGCGAAGUUCGACGCGGACGCGCCCGCUCAGGAAACAUCCCCCCUUCCCCGAGGCGUCUGGAAGCGAUGCCGGCGAUGCGGUGUGUGGCCCGCCGGAGAGGCGUGCGACGCACGCUCGUGACCCCCAUGCCGCGAGGGUGGAGUGAAUGUGUCGGCGCCGCCUUCGGAGACCUGUGUUGAUGCAGCCGACGGAGGCAAUAUUCGCGAAGACGAGUGGCGCUCGCAACGCAACGUGCAACUGUGCAACUUCCAUGUGGCCAUCGCCUGGCCGAGGAAAGAUUGUGGUAUGAGCGUGGGUGUGCGCGAUUUUUACCGUAUUCUCCAUAUUAUAAGACUGUCCGGAAAGUAAGAUGCACCCCAAAACUUGUGCCUUGUUGUCAAUCAAGUUUUACAAAUCUUAUCUUUAUAUAUAUAAUCCGGAGAAUGCGGUGACGUGAAUGUGACUUUAGAAAGCUUGCGUUGAUUUAAUUUGUCAGAAGCAAUAAUCGUGAAGAUUCUUACUGACGAUGCAAUGUGCAGCUUUAGCGGAAGUUUGUAAUUACAUAUCGCGGGUCUACUGUUUUGUAGCCACAAUAUUAGACGUUAUUUUGUAUGUUUUUAGUUUAUGCAAAACAAAAAUCUAAAACUCUUCCGAGUUUUGAAAUGCAAAUGUGAUUUUACCGAAUGUGGCCUUGGUAAGCGUGUUUGAGGUAUCUAAUUCUAUAGAUUAUUUUCUGAUGCUGCUGCUGUUUAAUGCCUAUAGAUUUUACGUUGGAGAAAUAAUAAGCGAGGCGAGGUGACUCGAAUUUGCAGUGGAUUUAUGUAUUUUUUUUAUUUAAAAUGUAAAAAAAUGAUUGAAGAACUUCCAAUUUCAAUUAACCUCUUGCGGACGGUUCUAGAAGGUUGACAAUUGAAGGUGAUGGGUCCGAAACAGCUCUGAAGUCAUUUUUAGUAAAUAGCCUUUCUUUUGCGUGGUAUUUUGCAGUUGUGUUUUUUUGGGUUGUGCCUGAAGAAGCUCCCAGGAAGUGGAAGUGAUACGUCGGACUUCGUGCCAAGCAACACGCGGUACAACACGAAAACACACCCGGGAGAUCCUUUCCUUUUCAUAAAAAAGAGAUAGAAAUAAGAUGGUUUAAAACGAGGCAAAAGAAAUGUUUUCUUAAGUCAAAUUAUGAGCACAACAAUGAAAAUGUAGUUGAGUUGCUGGGACAAUGCAUUGUUAUGUGGUAACUACUUUAGUUCUAUUUUGAUUUAAAUCUUUCGUGACUGCAGUAAUUCAUAUUCUUAGUUCUUUCGGUAAAGUCACGUUGAAGGGAAACAACAAAAUAAUAA